GCGAGGGAGAGACAGGGAGUGAGGGAGAGAGAGGGAACGAGGGAGAGAGAGGGAGUGAGCGAGAGAGAGGGAGAGAGAGGGAGCUUAACUCCUGACAAGAAAAAAAGAGUUGUGUGGGUGCACUAGAGCCACUCUCCUUGAGUCCAAGUAGAGCCAGUUUGGAUAGUGGUGACAUUGAAGCCUCCAUAGGUCAGAUCUCUCUCUCUCUCUUUCUCCACUCUUCGGUGGGUGUAAGCAGAGCCCCAGACCCCCUUCAAAGGGCCGUAGCGAUGGCGGCUAAGUCUAGAUGAUCCAGGUGGACUUACACCAGGGGCUCCAGUGGACAGGAGGGCAGGCAGAGAGAGAACACUUUAAUUUGUUCCAGAUGAAAUAUUUGGCUUUUCAGAUCUUGUUACGUUAACUGGACUUUGCGAGGAUGUGAAAAAAGUGGAUUGCAUAUUUUUCUGGGAGGUGACGAGACUCCAGAUCAAAUUGCAAUGCUGAGAGGUACCUCUGACCAACCAAGGAAUAGAAGUACCAAUGGAUGAUUUCAUAAGGAUUGUUCCAUACACUCAGUAACUGCAACCCAUAUCUAAAAGGCUGUCACUUGUUGAACAUGAAGUGUUCAGAACCAUGAGCACCAACCCAAAGAAAAUGGCGGAAGGCGGCACACACCUCAGUCCUGGUAUCCCCUCCAAACGGGUCAAAGUUUCCCAGGACCAGGUAGUUCCGGACACAGGGGACCCAGGUCGAACCCCGCCGGUGUUCCUGCGCAAGCUCCGCAAGGCUGCAGUGGGGACAGGGUGUGAUAUCCGCCUGAGGGUGUCUGUGGGGGGUCAGCCUGCCCCCUCUCUGUUUUGGUACCGUAACAAUGAUCUCCUGGCCCCGCCUGGGGAGAAGGAUGUUGGGGGUCUGUGGAUCAGGGAUUGCAAGGCCAGAGACGCUGGGCUCUAUACCUGCGUGGCCAGCAACUGCCUGGGGGAGGCUCAGAGCAGCGCCCUGCUUGCCGUUAUGGACCUGGGAGAAGAGGACCGGACACUCCACCAAGACGUUUGGAAGGUUCACCCAUGCGAAGUUUUCCGCUCCUGCCGAAAGCAAAGCUAUGACUCUGAAACCACAGAGGAUGAAGCCACGGAGCCCCAGGUCCCAAUUGAAACCAAGGAAGGACCUGGCGGGCGGCACCAGGACAAGGCUGGCCUAAGAGUGCCUGCAGGUGAAGGAUGUAGGAUGAUGGACUCCAGCCCUGACCGGAGGGCCACCCUUCCUGGGGGCCAUGACCCAGUGGUGGAGAGGGAGCUCAUGGCUUUGGGCUCGCGGCCCCCAGGGGCCCAGGACCCAACACACCCUGGCAGGAUCCCAUCUCCUUCUCUCCCCCAAACCCAAACAGGCCCAUCCUUCAGUCCUGCCUCACCCCAGUCCAGUCAAACUGUAUCCCAACCCACAACAUCUCUCAGCUCCCAUAAGAACAGUGUCAUCUCACACAGCACCCAAGACCCUUCCCUAGGAGGAGCUGUGGUCAAAAACAAAAAACUCCCAGGGAUGUUUUCAGGAGCCUCCUCCCAUACUUCAAGCAGCGGCAGCAGUGGUGGCAAGACACCCAAACUGGCCCGCGCCGCACCCAAGAUCUUUGACAAGAUCAAGGAGUUUGAACAAAAGGUGAGUGAGGUGAGUGCGGGGGUCAGAUCUGGGCGCUCUUUCGGCCGGGCGGCAUCCUGCGAUCUGGAGGGGGUCUCCAAAGAGGAGGGGACAAGCCAGCCGGAUGCCGCGGCCUCGAGGCGCUCCACAUUCGGAAAGAAGAGGGCCUCGUCUCUGGAGGACAAACCAAGCUACCAGCAGAGGGUCCAGAGCUUCCAGAACAAGUUCACAGAGGAGCUGGCCAGAAUCAAGAAGCUGGUGGGGAGGCCCAACCUGAAGAAGGCCUACUCCACCGAGCAAUUGCCCCAGAUGGAGAGACAGUCUGUGGGCGAGCUGGAGCCCAUUCCCCCUCAGGUGGUCAAGAAGCUGGAAGAGAGGGCGAAGGUCCUGGAGGAGAGAGGACUGUUAGGGAAGAGCAUUGAAGAGAGUGUUUCAUCCCGAAAAUCAUCCCAAUCCCAUGAGAAGGGUCUGGCAGAUCAAAGGAAUGUUCCUCAACGGGAGCAGCAUGAUUCAGCUUCAGCGUCAGCUCAGCCGUCUGAGUCUAAAAGUGUGGGGAAAGGCUCUGUUUCCAUGGAGACAGUACUGGUUAACCAGUUACCAGGACAACGAUCACCCUCAUCAAGAGUCACGCGGAAAAGCCCAACCAGGGAAGGCCUUCGGAGCUCUCCCACAGCGGUGAAGCCUUUGGCUGAUAAUGAGCUAGAACAACCUCCACCCAGGAUGGACCACCCCGGGUCUCCAACCCCUACCGCACAAAGAACACCACCUACCUACCCCAAAGGGCCUUCCUCUCCUAAAGAGCUUGAGAAACCUCUACACCACCGCAGGCCUCCAAGCCCCAGGUCUCCAAGCCCCACCAUGCAGAGAGGACCAUCACCGACCAAUGCCAAAGAGCCAGCCUCUGCCUAUCCCCCCAAGCCACCACGGCUGUCCCCCACCCCGAUCUCCACCCCUUCCAUCAGCCCUCUAACGAAGAGACGGAAGGGAGAGCCAUGGAGAACUUCUCCCUCGCUGAAGAUGACCAUUCCUACCAUCCUGGUGGAGGACGAGCUCAUGGAAAUGGAAGAGGAGGAGGCCGGAGAGAAGAGAGAGAGAGAAAAGACGAGAAGAGCAGGGAAGAAGGAGGGCAGGGCUUCCAAGACUCAGAAGAAGGGAAAAGUCUCGGGAAAGUCUUGGGAAAGUCAGCCUAUGUCUCCUGAGACAGGAGACGAUUCAGAUGACUCUUACAUGUCGGCAGAUGAGGGGCCAGCUGAGAAACCAGCGUUUGAGAGGCCCCUGGGGGACACCAUCGCCACCUCUGGCUCUGAGGUCCUGCUCAAAUGUGUCAUCACUGGCAGCCCCCUCCCAAUAGUGACUUGGAAGAAGAGUAACGUUCUGAUAAGGAGCAGCCCGUCCCAUGUGGUCAGGGCUGAGGGGGAGCAGCACUCCCUACUGAUAACCCAGAUGAGGUCUGGAGACGCUGGGACAUACUGCGUCACCGCUGUCAACGCGGCCGGGAAAGCAUCCUGCAACGCCACGCUCUACAUCAAAUCAGAGCUGACCCAGGUGCAUGGUGGGAAGCCGAGCAGCUUGCCCCUGGUGGAGGUCACGAGUCCCCUCCAAUCAGACGAGGAGUACCUGAGCCCCCUGGAGGAGGUCAUGGAGAUUGGAGAACCACCCUCACGAGGGGUGGGGCCACAGUCUAAAUAUGCCUUCUUCAAAGAUCCUCCCUCCUUUCAGGCAGCCCUGAAUGACCACGGGGUGACAGAGGGACAGGAGGUUACCAUGUCUGUUAAAGUCAGAGGACAGCCUAAACCUAUGGUGUACUGGCUGAGGGACAAAGUGACCCUAAAAACCAAUGGCAGAUUCAUUGUGCGUGAGACAGAGGACGGCACCAGUGAAAUGAUCAUCACUUCAGCACAGAGAUCUGAUGCAGGACUCUACACCUGCAAGAUCAUCAACGAAUACGGAACCAAGCAGAGCGAAUGCAAACUAGAGGUCAAAGCCUCCCCGGCACAGGAAGUCCUGGCCAUCAUCAGAGAGGUGCGAGACGUGGCGGUGACGGCCGGAGAGUCGGCCAUGUUUGAGUGUCACAUGACCGGGCCUCUGGAUGUGGAGGUAGACUGGUUGUCCAAUGGGAAACUGGUUCAGCCGGCACUCCUCAACUGCAAGAUGACCUUUAACGGGAAGAGGUGCCGGCUGCUGUUAAACUCAGUACAUGAAGACGACAGUGGAACCUACACCUGCAAGCUGAGCACUGCCAAAGAGGAGUUGACCUCUAGUGCCCACCUAAAGGUCACUCCCUCCAGGGAGCCCCUGUUCACCCGCAAGCUGGACAUCCUGGAGGUCAUAGAGGGUCGCACCGCCCGUUUUGAUUGCAAGGUCAGCGGGUCCCCACCUCCCAUCGUUACCUGGAACCAUUUCGAGAACCCGGUGGAGGAGAGUGAGAAUGUGCGUCUCCUGCAGGAAGGAGGCCGUUACUCAUUGGUCAUCACCCACGUCAGCAGCGACACGGAGGGCUUCUACACAGCCGUCGCUAAGAACGCACACGGAAAGGCGGAGUGCACAGCCGAACUCUACACGCAGGAACCGCGACCCGCGAUCUCUUCUCACAUGGCGAAGCUGGAGAAGAUGCCUUCCAUCGCUGAGGAGCCGGAGGUUCUGGAGAGCGAGGUGGAGCAGGAGCAGAGGACCAUGCCUGACUUCGUCAAGCCCCUGGCUGACCUGGAGAUGAUCGAGGGGAAGGAGGCGGUGCUAAAGUGUAAGGUGGCGGGCCUGCCCUACCCCACCAUCGCCUGGUACCACAACGGCAAGAAGAUACACAGCACAGAUGACAGGAAGAUGACCCAGCACAGGGAUGUCCACAGUCUGGUCAUCCGCUGUGUGUGUCACGGCCACGGGGGCGUCUACAAGAGUGUCAUCUCCAACAAAGUGGGGAAGGCAGCCUGCUACGCACACCUCUACGUCACAGAUAUUGUUCCUGAUCCCCCCGAUGGUCCUCCAGUGGUAGAGUCCAUAACAGGGAAGACCAUAACACUCAGCUGGAAGAAACCAAAGAGGCUUGACUCUUCCAUAGAUGGCAGUUCUUUGAUGUAUGCAGUGCAGCAGCAGACUCUGGGUUCCAUCCAGUGGAGCAUCAUAGCCUCCAACCUGAGAGAGACCACCUACACAGUCACCGGUCUCUCCAAGGGAGUCCGCUACUCCUUCAGGGUCCUAGCGGCCACCGCCAAGCUCCUCAGCAAACCCUCCCCCUCCACUGACCUGGUGCAGCUCAUGGAUAGAGGUCCCUAUCAGAGGAAAGCUCCCAUCAUCCUGGACAAGCCUGACAUUGUGUACGUGGUGGAGAACCAGUCCGUGAGCAUCACCCUCACCCUUAACCACGUCAAUACUGUGGUCACCUGGAAGAGGAGGGGAGUGGUUUUGCUCAACAAGCCAGGGAUGUUUGAGAUGAGCAUGCCAGACGACGACCAACACACCCUAAAGAUCCAGAGGGUGAAGAGCACUGACACUGGUCAGCUGGUCUGCACAGCCAACAACCAGUUUGGCAGCGACCUCUGUACCAUCCUACUGGCCAUGGCAGUGCGUCCUAAAUUUGAGUCCAUCAUGGAGGACUUGGAAAUACAUGUAGGAGAGACAUCUCGCUUUGCUGUGGUUGUCGAGGGACAACCUGAUCCUGAUAUUCUGUGGUACAAGGAUGACACUCUGCUGUCAGAGAGCAGUCACUUCACCUUUGUGUACGAUGAUACGGAGUGUUCCCUGGUGGUGCUGAACGCCCGGCCUGAGGACUCAGGGGUGUACACCUGCACCGCCAAGAACCUGGCUGGGCAAGUCUCCUGUAAGGCUGAACUCACCGUCCACAAAGUGAGGACGGAGGUGGUGGAGCCCAUGGAGGAUGAGGGGUCCAUUUUGAGGAAGAUGCGGAGGCUGACUGAUUACUACGAUGUACACAAGGAGAUAGGACGUGGAGCGUUCUCCUAUGUGAAGAGGGUGUCUGAGAAGAAGGGGAAGGUGGAGUACGCGGCCAAGUUUGUGUCUGCGAGGGCCAAGAGAAAGGCCUUGGCCCUGAGAGAGAUGAACCUUCUGUCAGAGCUGAACCACGAGAAAAUCCUCUACUUCCAUGACGCCUUUGAGAAGAAGAACAUGGUUGUCAUCAUCACUGAGCUAUGCCAUGAGGAACUUCUGGACCGACUGACCAAGAAGACUACUGUCAUGGAGUCCGAGGUUUGCCUUGGCCUGUUGGCCUUAUGUUUGAGUGUGCUUUGGAUUCGACCUGGUCACACCACACUGCGCCCGGCCGCACAGGAGUCGCGAGUGCGAUGA